ACGCGGGACCCGGGACUGUCUCUUUAAUUCUCAUGACGUCCUGAUUCUGAGCAGAAUCGAGAGAAAUGGCGUCGGACAGUGGAAUCGCUUCUCUGGGGGUUGAGGGUGCAGCGUCAGCGGCACAUGUGCUGUCUCUACCGGCAGACUCCUUUGGGAAUAACCCCCAAGUGGAGGUUAUGUGGGCGAUGAAAGCCUACAACCACGCAGAAGUCUACUUCAACCUCAUCUCCUCCGUGGACCCCAAGUUCCUGAAGCUGACCAAGGUGGAUGACACCAUCUACACGGCUUUCAGGGAAACCUUCAAGGACAUGGACAUCAAGCUGCUCCACCCAGACCUGCUAAAGUCUGCCGAAGCAAAGGAGACUUGGCGUCCAUUUUGUAACCAAUUCGAGGACGUCAUCGAAGACUUCAACUACGGAACCCUUCUCCGUCUGAACUGUGAGCAAGACUACACGGAGGAGAACACGAUAUUCGCCACCAGGAUCCAGUUCUUCGCCAUUGAAAUCGCCCGAAACAGAGAAGGACUCAACACCCCCGUCUUUACAGCCAAGACCAACAAUAAGAGUUAGCUUCUGACUGACCCUGCACACAGACCAUCCCUGAAGCUUCCCCAAGAAUUCAUGGACUUCAAUAUUAAAAAACUUAAGUCAGGUCUUUGGGUCAUCCCCCCCUCUAAUCCCAUUCAUUUGAAAAUGCUCCUUUUAAUUUUUGCUGGUGGUGACCGCCCUAGAAAACUAUUGGAAUCAAAUCAAGGUUUUUCGCCUCAUACGUUAUCCAUAAAUCUUCUUGUUAUAUUUAUAUUUUCCCAAUUAUUUCUAUGUAUUGUACAUUACACUGUGCCAACCAUAGCGGCUUGUUUUUGUGGUAACAUUUCCCACCCCAACUCCAUUCUCCUUCUCCCAAGUUUCCCUGGAAAACUGAAAUGAAAAACAUUUUACAAUCUAAGAAACUUUUUUUUGUCAUCUUUAUUGAUUUCUUCCGUAGAAUAAAAAGACACAGGCAGCACCUGUACAAACCGAUGAGGUUUAUUUGCAGUCACAAUGCUUACACUAUAUGCAGCAGACAUCCAAACAAUUCAGCUACUCACACUAUGGACCCCACACAUUCACAUCAGGGACAGAAACCAAAUAAUAAAAAAGGAACUCAAAAUGAACAUCCAUGGGUGCGGACACUGGUUAGAGAUUCGCUAGUCAUCGCAAAAUAAACAAAGUUAGCCGCGACUCUGCAGGGUUAAUACCAAGUCGCUGUGUACUCCAUUUCUAUCUUUUUUUUUUUAUACUUUUCCGAUCUCUACCAAAGCUUGAUGUU